AUGGCAGCUGGGAGCCUGCUGCCAACCGCGCACGGCAACAACUGUGCGACUAGUCCCGUCCGUCUCUCGAUCGAGAAUGUCACGAUUUCAAGCGGCAAGAUUCGCCGUGGGGUAGCGAUGCAAGUCGGGACACCUCCCCAGAAGCUGGCUUUCCAGCCAAAAUGGGACAACAACAACACUUACGUCUUUGGGCCCGAGUGCCUGUACGAAGACUUCAUCCACACGCCCGAUGCCUGUGCUACGUUUCGCGGGGGGCUGUUCGAUCCUGACAAGUCCAAGUCUGGGGGGUCGACCAACCGGAGCUUUGUGCCCCCCAAAGACCCGUUUGCCAGUGACUCGUACGCCUAUUUUACAGAUAUCCUCGAGCUGGACAGUAAUGUGUCACUUGAAGACUUCCCGAUCGGCCGGGCUACCAACUCUUCGGACUGGGGCCUGCAAGCGUACGAUCCGCUCAACAUCAUCGGAAUGUCGUCCGGUUCACUGUUCCUCGGCACGCUGUACCAGACUGGGAAGAUUGCUUCGCGCUCGUUCGGUUAUUUCUGGGGCCUCGACGGCACAUCUAGCCGGGACCAGCUAGACGGGUCAUUUGUCGUUGGUGGAUACGACAAGGCCAAGACUAUCGGCACGCCAUACACUGGCGCUAUCUCCGUCAAGGGGAACUGCCCGACUGGCAUGAUUGUGACCAUUCGCGACAUCGUGCUUAACUUCCGUAACGGCACAGAUAAGUCAAUAUUUCCCUCUGAUAACGGCGGAACUGCCCUGCUCGCCUGUGUCUAUCCCGAAUUGCCAUCAUUGAUGGAUAUGCCUCGCACACCGUAUUUUAGCAACCUGCUGGCCGCAACUGGGCUGCUAGAAGGGAAAAGAUCCACAGGUAUUCAUUGGUGGAAUGUUCUCGUUAGUGCAAAAAGCAACCAGUUAUACGAUGGCGAUAUGACGGUCCAUUUGGAGGGGGGGCUGCAGAUAGCAAUCCCUAACCGCCUACUCAUUGUUCCGGAAACAAAGAUUGCAGAUUCUGGCGAUGUUGUCAGCAACAGUUCCUCUCAGGUAAUCCUCAUCGAUUCGCUUCAGGAUGUUACUGCCAAAAUGGUGGUGGACGAGAAGAAUGCGCUUCUUCAAGGCGGACGAGCGUGCCCCACAGGAUCGGCGACAUCACCUUCGUCGCAGCCUUCGUCGCAGCCGCAGCAAGACGGGCAUGACAGAAAAGGCCUGUCGACAGCUGCGAUAGCGGGAAUCGCGGUUGGCGCUGUCGCUGUCGUUGCGUUGCUCGGAGGCUUGGUCUGGUUCCUGCUACGAAGACAGAAGACAAGGGCGGCGGCGGAGGCGGAGGCGGCGGAAGCCAAGAGCCAUACUGCCCGUGAUUUGCUUAAAGAGGGCAAGCCGGCCACUGGCGAGGAUUAUUAUCCCAGCCAAGGCAUCCCUCAGUAUAUCCCUCACAAUAUCCCGCAGGAGCUUCCCGUUGAGACACGCGGACAUACUCCCGUCGAGUUGGCGGGUUGA